AUGGGGAAUACAUCUAGCGUCGCCGGCCGUGAAUGCUUCAUGGCCGCCGUGGGAGGAAACCCUAACAUGGCCACAUUUCGCGGGGACUUUUCGUAUGAAUUCCGGGCCUUGCCAUCUUAUAACCUGGCCAUCCCUGUCCAUCCUGAUGUGAUCACAUAUCCGACUACUACGACUCAAGUCGCUGAAAUCGUCCGUUGUGCCGUUGAGAGAGACUACCAGGUGCAAGCCUACAGUGGAGGCCACAGCUAUGGUAACUAUGGUCUGGGAGGAGCCGAUGGUCAUGUCGUCGUCGACCUAAGAAACUUCCAACAAUUCUCCAUGGAUCCAGACACCCAUAUUGCCACGGUUGGGGCCGGUACAAAUUUGGGUGAUCUCAAAGACCGUCUUAUGCAUGCAGGCGGUAGAGCGAUGACACAUGGAGCUUGUCCACAAGUCGGCGUUGGCGGUCAUUUCACCAUUGGUGGUUUCGGUCUCAUGUCGCGACUAUGGGGAACUGCGCUGGACCAUGUGCUAGAGGCUGAAGUAGUCUUGGCCAAUUCUAGCAUUGUGAUAGCAUCGGAUACCCAGAACCAAGACAUUUUCUGGGCUAUUAAGGGUGCGGGCGCCAGCUUUGGCAUCGUGACUGAGUUCAAAGUUCGCACUCAGGAGAUUCCAAAAGGCGCUGUGCAAUACACCUAUACUUUCAGCCAGGGAGAUGUACUGGACAAAGUCAAAAUCUUCCAAGCUUGGCAGUCUGUCGUGGCAAAGCCUAAUAUUACCCGUAAUUAUUCCACGGAGCUCACAGUCUUCCCGGGGGGUAUUGUGAUCACAGGCAGCUUCUUUGGAACCACAGCAGAGUUCCAAGAAUUUGAGCACGAGAACAAUCUCCCUAUCCAGAGCAAGGGAAAUGUCGCAUACAUCACAAACUGGCUGGCUUUACUAGCCCAUGCAGCUGAGAAUUACAUAGUCUCGAUCGGCGGAGCCUUACUCACUUCGUUCUACUCUAAGUCAGUAUCUUUCACAGUCGACGAACUGUUCUCCGAGCACGCCCUAGUCGCCUUGUUCACAUACCUCGACAUUGCACCGAAGGGUACUCAGAACUGGUGGGUUAUUUUCGACCUGGAAGGAGGCGCAACCAACGAUGUUCCUAUGAAUGCCACGGCCUAUGUUCACCGUGAUGCUGUCAUGUGGAUGCAAUCCUAUGCAGUUCUUGGCUUUGAGCCUCCGGCAUACCUGUCCAGGAGGUUUCUUGAUCGCUUGCAUCAAGUUGUGAUGGAGAAUCGACCACCCGGUCCUCUUCGUUCGUAUCCGGGAUAUGUUGAUCCUUAUAUCAAAAAUGGUCAAAUGGCAUACUGGGGAUCCAAUCUUGGACGACUUCAACAUAUCAAGACUCUUGUUGAUCCGAAGGAUGUCUUUCACAACCCACAGAGUGUAGCUGUUAAUCCCAUUGCCGAUUCCCAUAGCUAA